AUGAUUUUCAAGAUUUCGAUUGUAUUUCGAAAAUCAACAAAUGGCGAAAAUCAUCCAAUGACGAUGGAAACGCCAUUAAUCACAACAAAAACAACAACAACAUCGAGAGACUCACAGCGACCGGUCACUCAAUGUUUGGUCAUUUGAACACAGGAGGUCUUGGUCAAGCACAAAUAUAAGUAAGGUGAAGCAUGGCUGAUGAGGAGGAUCAAUUGUUUACCGUCGAAGACUACGAAAAACAGGCACGUAAAAUAUUGCCUCCCGCCUGCAUGCUAUACUACAGCUCCGGGCGAGAUCGAGGGUGGUGCCUCAAAGAAAGCACAGAGGCAUUUUCAAGGUAUCGAAUCCGAAACCGUGUUCUUCAAGGAAUAUCCCAUCGGAGCCUCUCAACGACUGUUCUUGGAGAGCAGAUCCAGUACCCUAUUGGUAUUGCACCUACGGCUGUUCAUGCUGCAGCCCAUCCCGAUGCUGAAGCAGAAACCGCCAGAGGUGCAGCAGCAGCAGAUACUCUCAUGGUCCUCUCCGUCGAUUCCCAUACAGCCAUUGCUGAUGUUUCGGCAGCGGCUCCAGGUGGCCUCCGUUGGAUGCAGACGUAUCUCUUCAAAGAUCGUUUACUGACACAGCACAUCGUACGUGAGGCUGAGAGGGCGGGCUUUAAAGCUCUCGUGAUUACGGUUGACUCGCCUGUUUCCGGUCUUGACUCAAAAGUCAGAGCAGCUCUGAACAAGGACGCAGCCAUUUUCGCAUUUCGCAUGAGUAAUUUUGAGGCAGACAUUCCUUCUUCAAGAGCAGCCAAAGCAGAAGGAGACACAAGAUAUGUAAAAUAUGUACAUCAGAUGCAGUAUAAUGACUCGGCUACUUGGGAGGACAUCAGAUGGAUAAAAUCAAUAACAAACCUUCCAAUUGUCUGUAAGGGAAUUGUGUCUGCUGACUCGGCAAGGGAAGCAGCGGACGCAGGGGUUGAUGGGAUACUGGUGUCAGCUCAUGGUGGAAGACAAUCAGAUGUUGCUCCUGCUCCAAUCGAUGCAUUGGCCGAGGUAGUAGAUGCAGUCCGUGGUCGAGGGAUAGAGGUAUACAUGGAUGGAGGAAUAAGGACAGGAACAGAUGUCUUCAAGGCUCUUGGGAGGGGUGCAAGAGCUGUGUUUGUAGGAAGACCUAUAUUGUGGGGACUCGCUUGCCAGGGUUCAAAAGGCGUCUCCAGUAUUUUAGAAAUUCUCAGAAGCGAACUAGACAAUGCCUUAGCAAUCAGUGGUUGUACGAGUCCUGAUUGCAUCCCAUCUGAUAUGGUUGUCCAUGAAUCAGAAUAUCAUCGGAAUCCCCCAAAGAGCAGGAUGGAGUCUGGCGGAAGGAAUCCAUGUUUUCACUUCACAGCUAUCGUCUCUCUGAUGGUGUAUCUAUGUUUCUUUGUCCCAUUGGCAUUUUGGUCCCCCUGUGAAGAUGUUGUUACACCAAACGAGCUUGGCAAAAAUGGCUCCCAUCAACAGAUAGAGGUUUGUCAAGAGAUCAAAUAUGGCAACGUGGAUCAUCACACGCAGAAAGCGCACCACUGGGACCAGAAGGGAAGAGUCCCCUACCCCAUAACCGAUCUGAACUACUUUUACGAUGACCUCCCAUCCGGAGAGCGAGCUCCGGGACACAUCGUGCGGGUGAACAGUCCUGCCAGGACAGUUUCAGUCCUGGAGCCCUUUGAUUCAGGAGGUUGCACCAAUCAUCACAGGGCCACUGUCGAUUCUACUGCAAAGCAGGAUAACUGCCUGGUGGCCGUCAAUGCUGGGUUCUUCAACCCGAGAAGCGGAGCAUGCUAUGGAAAUGUUGUGAGCAAUGGGAGGCUUGUCCAAACAAAUGGAGGAUUGCAGAAUGCCCAUUUGGGUAUCCGAGCUGAUGGGACACUUGUCUUUGGGUAUUUAUCAGAAGAAAAUGUAUUACAAACAGAGAAUCCAUUUAUCCAGCUGGUAGGAGGAGUCGGAUGGUUGCUAAGAGACGGUGAAAUAUAUGUAGAAGAGAGCAAGAAAGCAGAAUGUGGAGACACAGAGGAAGCAAGUAGUGUGGAUUUAUUCUUUAACAUGCUUUCAGCGAGAGUAGCUGUGGGCAGUGAUGAAAAGGGACGAUUAGUCAUUGCGGUUAUAGAUGGACAGACUCUGAAGAGGGGGCUGUCGUUGUUAUCCUUUGCGAAAUGGCUUCUUUCUCACGGAGUAACAAAUGCCAUUAAUUUUGACGGAGGUGGAUCGGCAACCUUUGUGGUUAACGGAACUAUUGUCAAUCACCCAUCCGAUCCUUGCCAUGACAUUACCUACCGAUGUCCCAGGCAAGUAUCCACCAUUUUCUGUGUCCAUGAGCCGAGAUGCGAUCCCAGAGACUGUAAUAACCAUGGCGACUGCAUCCAAGGAGAGUGCCGUUGCCAUGCCAACUGGCAUGGGGUGUCAUGUGACCAGCUCCAAUGUGGAGAUCAUAACUGCAGUGGGCAAGGCAUAUGUAAUAGAGAUGGAUGUCGUUGCGACGCGGGCUACUUGCCCCCAGACUGCACAAGGACUUGCCCCAGUGGUUGGUAUGGCCAGGACUGUAGCUAUCAUUGUGACUGCGGUCACGGUGGGUCGUGUGAUCCGGUCAGCGGAGAAUGUGCUUGUCUUCCAGGCUACACUGGUACAAUUUGCCAAGAGACUGGGGAGAGCAUUGCCAGCAGAAUCAUCCUAAAUGUAGGACUGGUUUCUGGCAAACAUCUCUUGGAGGACCAACUCCCGGUGCUUCUCAUCAUAGCGGUUGCCGUGGCGAUUGUCAGCAUCUUCUGCAACUUCAUCAGCUUGUGCUUUCGCUACUCCUGCACGUGCACUACCGUGCCGUGUGACAAUGGGUACAGCGUCCCAAGGAAACAUGUCCACCAAAAAAUAUCUACUAAACAAAUGGAUUUAUUUGAUGAAUUUAAAUCUAGUACUUAGCCAUUGGCGUAGCUUGGGGAGCAAGGAUGUCAUGCACU